AUGCGCACCAUAAUUGACUUGCUGCCUGAUCCUAUUGAUCAAUGGGCUGUUUUUGAUACGUACGACCAACCCCCGGAUAGUUAUUCUCGGGGAACGGUUUGUAUAGCUGGCGAUGCGGCUCAUGCGGCGGCUCCGCAUCACGGCGCGGGUGCGGGCUGUGGUGUGGAAGACGCGGCUGUGCUAUGCGCUGUGCUUGAUAUGGCUGUGAAGAGAGUGGGUGCUACGAAAGGCGGUUCUGAGGGGAAUGCCGCUCUUAUCACGACCGCAUUUGAGACUUGUGAUGCUGUUCGUCGCGAGCGCGCGCAGUGGCUGGUUGAAAGUAGCCGCAUUAUCGGUAAUCUAUACGAGUGGCAGGAUAAUGAGGUCGGUUCGGAUGCCUCUAAGUGCCAUGAUGAGGUGUAUUGGCGUUCUCACCGUAUUUGGGACUAUGACAUUGACGCUAUGAUGAGGAAGACGGCCAAGGUGUUUGAGGCGCGGGUGGCCGAGGUGGCGAAUUAUUAG